UAUAACAUGCUGUAGUCUUGCUGUACGUGGUCGGCUGAAGUCUGCUCGGUGUAGGUCUGGACGGAGAACCCGAUUCCGAAACUUCAGAAAGGUGCCGUUCUAAAGGACCCGAGCUGUGAGAGUUCUGCACAGCUGUUUGUUACUUUGAAUUUGACAAAGAUGGAAGAUCCCAGCUACGGACAACGUGGAACAAAGCCCUACAUGUGCGGGCAGUGCGGGUACAGGACAAAUUGGAAGUCACAGUUAUCUCCGCACAUGAGAACCCAUACAGGGGAAAAGCCCUACAAGUGUGGCCAGUGUGACUAUUCUACAGCAUGGAAACAACAGUUGGACCGUCACCAUCUUGCUAAACACACAAGUGAGAAGCCUUUCGCAUGUGACAAGUGUAAAUACAAGACAGCUCACAGGUAUUGCCUAUCCAGACACAUGAAAACUCAUACUGGCAAAAAAACCUACAAGUGUGACCAGUGUGACUAUUCUAAAGCACAGAAAUGCCAUCUGGACUCACAUCUAGCAAAGCACACUGGUGACAAACCCUACAUGUGUGGGGAGUGUGGGUACAGAACUGCUUACAAGGCUGGCUUAUUAAAACAUAUGAGAACACAUACAGGAGAGAAACCCUACAAGUGUGACAAGUGCGACUAUUCUGCAGCACAAAAAUCCAGCUUAAAAACACACCAUCUAUUGAAACACACUGAUAGAAAACCUUACCUAUGCGGAGAGUGUGGAUACAGGGCAGCUCUAAAGUCUAGCUUAUCUGCUCACAUUAAAAUCCAUACGGGAGAGAAACCCUACAAGUGUGACCAGUGUGACUUCUCUGCAGCACUGAAAGGCAACCUGAACCAACAUCUGGCAAAACACACAGGAGAGAGACCCUACAAGUGUGACCAGUGUGACUAUUCUGCUGCAAAGAAAACCACUUUGCACCGUCACCUUCUGUUAAAGCACACCGGUGAAAAGCCCUACAUGUGUGGGGAGUGUGGACACAGGACUGCUCUAAAGUCUAGCUUAUCUCUGCACAUGAGAACUCAUACUGGAGAAAAACCCUAUAAGUGUGACCGAUGUGACUAUUCUGCAGCAGGGAAACCCACUUUGUACAAACACCAUCUAUCAAAACACACUGGAAAGAAAGCUUACAUGUGUGGUGAGUGUGGAUACAGGGCAGCUCUACAGUCUAGCCUAUUAGUGCACAUGAGAACCCAUACAGGAGAGAAACCCUACAAGUGUGACCGGUGUGACUAUUCUGCAGCACAGAAAUCCAGCUUGAACAAACAUAUAGCAAAACACACAAGAGAAAAACCAUACAAGUGUGAUCGGUGUGACUAUUGUGCAGGACGGAAAGGCACUUUGCACCGGCACUAUCUAUUGAAGCACACCAGUGAGAAACCUUACAUGUGUGGGGAGUGUGGAUACAGGACAGCUCUAAAGUCUAGCUUAUCUACUCACAUUAGAAUCCACACGGGAGAGAAACCCUACAAGUGUGACCAAUGUGGCUAUUCUGCAGCACAGAAAUCCAGCCUGAACCUACAUCUAGCGAAACACACAGGAGAGAAACCUUACAAGUGUGACCAGUGUGACUAUUCUACAUCACAAAAAUCCAGCUUGAACAAACACCAUCUAUUAAAACACACUGAUAAGAAACCUUACAUAUGUGGGGAGUGUGGGUACAGGUCAGCUCUAAAGUCUACCUUAUCUACUCACAUGAAAAUCCAUAUACACAAGAGAGAAACCCUGCAAGGGUGACCAGUGCAACUUUUCUGCAACGUGGAAAUCCAGGUUGUACUACCACAUAAAGGCAAAACAUUCUGGACAAAAAAACUUACCUAUGUGGGGAAUGAGGAUACAGGUACCUGAGAACUCAUAUACAUGUAUAUGAAAUAACGCUACAACAAAUGUGACCUGUGAGUGUGACCAUUCUGCAGCAAGGAAAACCACCAUCGUGCACCAGUGAACUGAGUAUGAAUAGUGCAGGUUUCCAUAUGAACCAAUAUAUAGGGACUGACAGAGAAGAAAAACAUAAGUAUGCUUUAUUAUUAUGACACUUCUGAAAGUAUGUCCAUUCUUGAUAAACAUGCCAGUGAGAGCAUAUUACCUGCUGACAAUUUGAGAACUGCAAGGAAGACAAGUUUUACUCCGAGUGUGAUUCUAUUCUGCAGCAGCAUUUUAAAGUCCACACUAUAUUAAUCAGGAACAUGACAAGAUAGUGGGAAGUCUACUUCAUCUUGAUGUAGAAGCGUUCUUUCAAGAAAAAAAAAGAAAAAAAAAACAUUUGGUAAUGAUUGACAUAAUGUAGAAUUUGUCAAAGAUGAUGCAUAGACAAAUUCUACAUAAUGUCUAUCAUUACCAAAUGUUCUUUUUAUUCUCUAGGUGACUGGUUGGAAAAAGGAAAAGCUUCAUGUUGAAUGAUAUCAAUAUAGCUCUAAGAAUCAUAGCAUGAUGUAUUUUACAAGUUAGAUGUACAGACGUUUUCUUGCAAAACAUUUUUCGAAUUUUUUUUCUAGAUGGUUUGACUUAAAGUUUGUUCUUAUUUGCACCCCUUGUUUGUUAACUAUCUUUUAUG